AAAAAAUAAGAUAAAAUAUCACUGGCUGAUAUUUUUUUCUUUUUCCAAUUUUGAAUUUGGAAUGUUUACUUUUAAUUCCUUUGAUUUUCAAAUUCAUUUCUUUCAAUUUUCUCGUGAUGGAGGGAACUAAAGAAUUACGUGCGACCGUGAUUUCGCUGUUUAAGGCGGGGAAAAAACCAAUGGAGAUUUUCCAUGAGGUGAAAAUUUUUGGUGUGAGCCGUAACUUCGUGUAUUACACUAUCAAACGAUACAAGGAGACUAAUUCUUUGCAAGAUCGCCAAAGAAGUGGCCGGCCACGCUCUGUGAGGACGCCUGCGAAUAUCAAAAUCAUCAGAGAGCGACUUCGCCGAAAUCCAUGUCGCACUCAGAAAAAACUCGCACUGCAGACUGACAUUUCGCGCGUAUCAAUCAACAGAAUACUAAAAUAUGAUCUUAAGGUAAAGGCGUACAGCCGUAGGAAAAUUCACUUUUUAAACGACCGCCUUCGUAAAUUGCGACGCGAACGUUGUCCAAUACUGCUUAGGAGACACGAUGCGAGGAAAAUACUCUUUACUGAUGAGAAAAUCUUUACUGUCGAAGAAAAGUUCAACCGACAAAACAAUAAAGUGUAUGCCAAAAGUAGCAAGGACGUCCCACCUUCAGCACGGAAUGUCUUGCGUACUCAUCAUCCGGCUAGUGUGAUGGUAUGGUGGGGAGUUUCGUAUGAAGGUGUCACUCCGCUGCAUUUCUGCCAACAAGGUGUCAAGGUGAAAGCCAAGAAUUAUCAAAGUGAUAUUUUAGAGCCUGUUGUGAAACCCCUGUCUCAUACUUUAUUUCACAACAAGGAUUGGGUUUUCCAGCAAGACUCAGCGCCAUCUCAUAAGGCAAAAACCACCCAAGCUUGGUUGAAGGAGAAUUUGCCGGCCUUCAUUGCGGCGAACGAAUGGCCCUCCUCCAGCCCAGACCUCAACCCGCUGGAUUAUUCUUUAUGGACUGAAUUAGAGCUCAGGGCCUGCCGAAAGUCCCACCGAAACUUGGAGUCACUGAAGCGAUCUCUUGUCCGAGAGGCAAAGCGAAUUCCAUUGGAAAAGAUUCGUGCCGCUAUAGAUGACUGGCCAAAUCGUCUGAGGGCUUGUAUAAAAAAUAAGGGUGGACAUUUUGAGUAAAAAUGAAAGUUUAUUGUUUGUUAUUACUGACUUAAUAUGUUGUAUAAAUUUUAGAAUUAUAAGUUAAAUAUUACAAAAGAUAUGCAACUUUUAUUUCGUCUCAAAACUUAUGAACACACG